UGGAUACAAAUAAAUUAGCAAAAUGUCUGCUACAAUGGCAGACAAGUUCUCGUACCAAAAAACCGUGCAGAGUUUAGCACGAAUAUUGGCCCAAAUUAAACCAACUCCAUGGCCAAAGGUGCAGUCAUUGUUUCGUUAUUGCCCCCAAGAAAAUGCUGCAGGUGUUUUCUGUUUGGAUUCCCGUGCCCAAGAUGCCGUCAUUGCUUUGGGUUUGUAUUUCCUGGAGAGUGGUUGCCAACACGAAGAUCGGAUUGUGCCGUACCUUCUGAGAUUGGCCAAAUGUUUGCCCAAGGCUGUUUGGGUUGACGAUGGAAAAUGGAGCAAAACAGACCGCAUACCAUCAGCAGAAAAGUUUAGCUUUUGUCUCAAUACAUUGCUGUCCGACAUCGCCUCAAAAUGUCCAGAUCUACGGGAAGAGAUUAUUGUGAAUCAAGUGGAGACAUUAAGUGCUUUGGCCAAUAUUAUCAAAUCCAGCAAAGAGAGCAGUUCGGCACCGCCCCCAAUUAUAUUAUGCAAAGCCACGGUGCCAUUGCUGUUUGGUUUGGCCCGCUCAAUGGGUCGUUAUGCUUCACACGACCCACCGUUGUUGUGCCGCAUUUAUCCACGUGAACAAAUGCCUGUUGUUAAACCCAAUCCUAGAGAUGGCGGUAGUCACAGCUCGAAUGAACGUCUACAGUUUGCCCAUUUUCGUCCCAUAAUACCACGCUCCAUGUCAGGAAGCUUGAGCCAGGAAUCGUAUGAAAUUAAAAUGAGACACAUGUCCAUGGCAACACACAUGAAUAAACAAAAGCCUCAGUUACACACCUAUUUCUCCGUGCCCUACGACCCACGUACCCACUUCUUUACACGCUAUGGUUCCAGCUUCAAUCAAUUUCCCAAUAUGCGUGUAACCGAAACGCCUACCAAGCAUCAGAAGACUCUGACAAUGCCACCAUUUCCCAUACAACAUUUACAGACCAUAUUUGCCGUGGCCAAGAAGCUACUGACAAAGGAAACAUUGGAACAUUUAGACGAGCAAGCAAGCGAUAUCUUUGCUUUACAUCAAAUCAAAGGCUAUUGUUAUAAGAGUUUUUCGGAGACGUUGAAUUUAGUACUGGUGACCUUGCUAAGGGAGAUAUUGCAACAUCAAAUCGAUCUGCCAGCCCCAUUCACUAAGGAUGUCCAGGAGUUCGUAAAGCGCCUAUUCUUAAAUGGCCAGACAGAGUUGCAAAACAAGCAACAGGACCAGGAGCGAGAGAAGAGGGAAGAGAAUGGUAUACCCGUGGUGAAUAAGUACAAGGUGAAUGUUAUGGCCAAUGCCGCCUGUGUGGAUUUACUUGUGUGGGCUAUACGUGAUGAAACGGUUGAUGAGGAGUACAAUGUACCUUCAUUGCAGUAUGCUUUACAUUAUUUAAUGCAAAAAGAGGCCGAUAAGCUAUGUGGUCGUCUGUCGCAGAAACUCAAUUCGGUAUUGUCACAUAAGAUCGUUAUGGACCACAUGCCACUGCUGAUGGUCUGCUUGGAAGGUUUGGGCAAAUUGGCUCAAAAGUUUCCCAAUAUUGCCAAUACAUCGAUAUCGUAUUUGAGGGACUUCCUUGUUGACCCCAGCCAAAUAUUGGCUAAACUACACGCCCAUUCUCAACAACUGCUGGCCUUGCAGAAGAAAGAGAAAGAUGUGACCCCGUUCAAAAUUGUUGUACAAAACAGUGAGUCCCGAUCUACAGUAGAUAUAUUUGGAGAAGGACAAAAAUAUGCCCCCUUACGUACAGGACAAGCAGCGUUCGAGGCAUUACGGGAUGCAGCCAUUGAAAAUUUGAGUAUUGCCUUAAGGGCUGCCCAACCGGUGGACCAAUUCUGUGUACCAGCUUUGGUGGCAAAUGUAUCCAAUCGUCUGUUCACAGCCGAAAAGCAUGAAUCGGAAUCCACAUUGGUUAGCCUAAACAUAAUUGUUAUGUUAGGCCACGUGGCUGUCGCCUUGAAGGACACCUCCAAAACUACCCAGAAUAUUUUGCAGUUCUUUAUUCAGCGCUUCUGCAAAGUACCCUCCGAACAGAAUGCCCUAAUUGUCGAUCAGUUGGGCUGCAUGAUUAUUUCGCAGUGUGAGCCGCAUGUUUUCGAUGAAAUCAUGAAAAUGUUCUCACGCGUCGCCGUGCAAUCCGCCUCCCUGGCUUACACCUCGGAUCCCGAACACCGCAAACAGUUCUUUAGCGUUUCCGAUGCUGUGGUCAAUGCUCUGGGCAAUAUUGCCGCCAAUAUUCAAGGGGACGACGAGAAAUUAGAAUUGCUGGGCAAAUUGCUUGAACUCUUUGUGCAAAUCGGCCUUGAGGGAGAGCGUUCCUAUGACAAUACGCCUGGGGCAGCAAAAUCCCGUUCGAGUGCUGGCCAUUUGGGUAUGUUAAUACCGGUAAUCGCUGUGCUACUCAAACGCCUGCCGCCCAUAAAAAAUCCUCGUUUGCGUUUACACAAACUAUUCAAAGAUUUUUGGGUCUAUUGUGUGGUCAUGGGUUUCACAAAUGCUCGUCUCUGGUCACCCGAGUGGUAUAUGGGAGUUCAACAAAUUGCCGCAAAGUCUCCCCUGUUGAUAUCACAGACGACCCACAAGUCGGAUAUGCGUGAGCUAAACUACACUUCGGCCAUUAAGAGCGAAACGAGCAAUCUGAACGAACUGCGAAGUGAUAUAGUAUUGUUGUUGGAGCAUCCUACAGCAGAGGUAACGGCAGCCAUAAACAAGCUCUCCUUUGCCCAGUGCACAUUUUUGUUGAGUGUUUAUUGGCUGGAAACGUUGCGUGUUGAGAAUGCCGAGGAGCCUAGUUUGGAGCCGAUUUUGACGUAUCUCUGUGAUCCGGCCUUGCAAAAGGACAAGUCGGGAAUAUGGCAGUGUGUCAAGUGUAUUGCUGAUCAAGUAUUCGAGAAGUUCCGCAAUGUUCUGUUCACUCGUGACGAGAUACGUGAAAAGGUACUGGAAUCCCAGGCGACAUUAUUGCUGGUCUAUUUCAAUCACAUCCACAAGCAAAUCCAAGUUGUGGCGGAUCAGUACCUAUCGCAAUUGGUGGAUAAAUUCCCACAUUUGUUGUGGAAUCGUCGGGUGCUGUGGUGCAUGUUGGAUAUUCUACAAUUGUUGGCCUUUUCCCUAACCCUUGACCCGAAUGAGGAAACCCCUACACUGAGAGUAGUUUCAACACCGUACACCCUGCAAUUGAUGGAUUCAUUGCCAGCCCGUGAAGGGCGUCUUAAAGAUUUUGCCGAUCGGUGUCAGGGCAUUGUCAACGAGGCCAUGAAAUGGGCACCGCGUUCCACCAAAUCCCAUUUGCAAGAAUAUCCCAAUCAAAUUCCCACACAGGUUUUGUCCCAUCACAGUGGUUUGGCCUUGGCCUUUGAUUCCGUGGUCAGUACGAAUAGCUAUCAUCCGAACGCAUUGCCAUCGAACAGCAAACGUCCUGCCUGUGUAAAGUCCGAUACACCACGUUUUGUUUCGGUCUUGUGUUUGCGCAGUAAAUAUGCCGGUGAGAUAUCCGGAUUGCUAUCGGUUUUAAGUGACGAAGAAAAGGCCGGAUUGGCUGAUCGUUUGGUCAACGAUGUCUGGGAGGCUUGUAGGGAGAAAAGUGAUGCUAGGCAUCGCGGAGCUUUGUGGCGAGCUACAGCCUAUUUAAUAAUAUGCUCGGAUAUAAAUCGGAAGUUGCUGCAUGCUGUGGCCACCUCGCAAGUUGAAUUAUUCACCGAAUCUGCAAUGGAGACUGCCGUCGAAUGUUGGCAAUGGGUGUUGACGGCCCGCCAAGACUUGGAGCUGUGCUUCAUUCAGGAAAUGGUCUCCGCUUGGCAGACAACCUUCGAAAAGAAAAUCGGCUUGUUCUCUGAGGAAGUGGAAAUCACCAGUCCAUUGGCUGCCUACGAGGGUUGCAAACUGGUCUCCAAACCAAUUCUAGUCACUCCUCAUCUAAUAUGGCUGCAAUUGCUUUCCGAAAUGGUUGAUACCGCCAAGUAUUGCAAUCGCGAUAAGGUGGAAAUGUUCUGCUUGUUGUUGCACCGUUGUCUUCCCAUUAACAAGAACAGCAAACAGAAUCGUCAAGUGUCCACAGUGGGUUGCCGCUUCAAACUGUUGCAGUGUGGUUUGUCUUUGCUCCAAGGCAACACCGUACCCAAAUCCCUGGCUAGGAAUAUCCUAAGAGAACGUAUCUACAGCAAUGCUUUGGAUUAUUUCUGUGGUCCUCCCACGUGUCCCAAUCAAAGCAAGGAACAGCUGUUGGAAGACAUAUUGAUACUGUUGAAGUUUUGGCAGACAAUGCGCAGUGAGAAGAAACAUUUGGUUACAUCGGAGGUGGGCGACUAUGACAUUCCCGCCACCACGCCCAAUCAAAUGUUAAGCGUUACGAAAAAUCCCGAAACCGCUUCUCUCAUUAGUACUGGUGAGGCAGGAAGAUCUUCGUCCAUUGCUGGCACUGGUGGAUGGUAUAACUCUAUACCGCAUUCGACGUCCACCCUAUCGAAGCGUUCAAAUCGCUCCAAGCGUUUACCCUACCCAAAGGACUCGUACGACAAGGACUACAUGAAGAAACGUAAUCUGAUAUUGGAAUUGAUGGCGGUUGAAAUUGAAUUCCUUAUAACCUGGUACAACCCCAACAGUCUGCCCGAUUUGGCCAUACCGGGUGAAGAGCAAAUAACCGAAUGGCGCAAUCGUCCAUACAAGGUAAAUGUUUGGAGAGAUUUUGCCCGUUUGGCUUGGUCAUAUAAUCCAGCAUUGGCCGUUUUUCUACCUUCGCGUAUCAAAAAUGCCGAAUCGAUUGAAGAGGAAGUUACACGAUUGGUGUGUUUGGAUCCAAUUGCUGUGUGUGAUAUUCCGGAGGCCCUCAAAUAUUUGGCCACCACCAAGAAUCUUCUGCAUGAAAGUCCCGAUUUAAUGUAUAUUCUGGUGUGGUCACCGGUUAAUCCCAUUCAGGCAUUGUCCUACUUCUCCCGCCAGUAUCCAUCACAUCCGUUAACCGCCCAAUAUGCAGUCAAGACACUGAACUCCUAUCCGGCCGAAUCAGUUUUACCCUACAUUCCACAAUUGGUGCAGGCCCUAAGGCACGACACCAUGGGCUAUGUCACCGAAUUGAUAAAAUUCAUAUCCAAGCGAUCACAGAUUGUGGCCCACCAGCUUAUAUGGAAUAUGCAAACCAAUAUGUACAUGGACGAAGAUCAACAACACAAAGAUCCCUAUCUGUACGAGGCACUGGAGUCGUUGAGUCAGAAUAUUAUUGCCUCAUUUUCGGGAUCAGCCAAGCGAUUCUACGAACGUGAAUUCGAUUUCUUUGGUAAGAUUACAGCAGUGUCGGGAGAGAUACGGGCAUAUCCCAAGGGACCGGAACGUAAAAAUGCUUGUCUGGCGGCCUUGAGUCGUAUCAAAGUUCAAUCCGGCUGUUAUUUGCCUUCGAAUCCGGAGGCAAUGGUCUUGGACAUUGAUUAUAAUAGUGGUACUCCAAUGCAAAGUGCAGCCAAGGCUCCGUAUUUGGCAAGAUUCCGGGUAUAUCGUUGUGGUAUAACGGAAUUGGAAACACGCGCCAUGGAGGUGUCAAAUAAUCCAAAUUCUCAAGAGGAUGCCAAAAUGACACUUGGUGUUGAGUCGUGGCAGGCGGCCAUUUUCAAGGUGGGCGAUGAUGUGCGUCAGGACAUGUUGGCCCUACAGGUUAUUACGAUUUUCAAGAAUAUAUUCCAGCAAGUCGGUUUGGAUCUCUUCCUAUUUCCAUAUCGUGUUGUGGCCACAGCACCAGGGUGCGGGGUCAUAGAAUGUGUGCCAAAUGCCAAAUCUCGUGACCAACUGGGUCGCCAAACCGAUUCUGGCCUUUACGAAUACUUCUUGCAUCAGUAUGGCGAUGAAAGUUCCAAAGAAUUCCAGGCUGCCCGAGCAAACUUUGUCAAAUCCAUGGCGGCCUAUUCCCUGAUUGGUUAUCUACUGCAGAUCAAGGAUCGUCACAAUGGCAAUAUUAUGAUUGACAAAGAUGGUCAUAUUAUACACAUUGAUUUUGGCUUUAUGUUUGAGUCAUCGCCUGGAGGCAAUAUUGGCUUCGAGCCCGAUAUGAAGUUGACCGAUGAAAUGGUUAUGAUAAUGGGUGGUAAAAUGGAAGCGCCGGCUUUCAAAUGGUUCUGUGAGUUGUGUGUACAGGCCUUUUUGGCUGUGCGUCCUUAUCAGGACGCCAUUGUUUCUUUGGUAUCGUUAAUGUUGGACACUGGUUUACCCUGCUUUAGAGGUCAAACAAUUAAUCUGCUGAAGCAACGAUUUGUAUCAACCAAAAAUAAUAAAGAGGCAGCUGCCCAUAUGUUGGCAGUUAUACGCAAUUCUUAUCAGAACUUCCGAACACGAACCUACGAUAUGAUCCAGUAUUAUCAAAACCAGAUUCCCUAUUAA